UUCAAGAAACAACAUACCCUCGGCUCGCCUUCCUCUCUCCGCUUUAGCGCUCGUGAUUCCUUCACGCGCUGUGACAUUUUCUGGUGACAUACCAUCGAUUUCAGCGACCACAAACCAUUCCAGUACUUCCCAGUGCAGACGCUGGUUCGUGGCGGACUCGGCUGCGCUCGGACCCGCGCUCUGCCUAUUGUGUGCUCCUCGGCCUCGUUCGGCUCUUGUCGUUCCGUGGAAGGGAAUGGACGAAGCGGACUCGGCCACGAAGGCGCUCGGGCUUGAUGAACCGCCCAUCAUCGAGCCGUCGGUGGAGGGAGUGGGCUCGGAUACCGAGUCGGAGGCCGAAGUCACCACGAUGGCAGUGAAAGCAGAACCGGGAAACAUCGACGUAGGAGCCGAGUCUCCGCCGAACCCAGACGAGGCCGAGGCGGCAUUCGCUGAAGUCACAUCUGUAACAGUGAGGGAUGUUCAAACUGCGGACGACAACGUUUUCACAGUCUCUGCGUCAGGAAGCCUCCCCGAACACGUCCUGAGUGGGAGGACAACCCUUCAGCUGGGUGAAGGUCUGAACACACAGAAAGCCACUCUGAUUGUGGUUCACACUGAUGGCAGCAUCGUGGAGGCUGCUGGCCUCAAGUCUGCCACUGCCAUUUCACCAGGUCCACACACCACGCCCACCCGACUGAGUCCUGCUCAGGACAAAGACUCAUGCUCCAAGUACAACUGGGACCCCUCGGUCUACAACAACGAGCUGCCCGUACGCUGCAGGAACACCAGCGGAGUUCUCUACAAGAAUCGACUGGGAUCAGGGGGUAAAGGUCGCUGCAUCAAACACAACCAACAGUGGUUCACUCCCACCGAGUUUGAAGGUCUGGCUGGAAGAGCGAGCAGCAAAGACUGGAAGAGGAGCAUCAGAUACGCAGGCAGACCUCUGCUCUGCCUCAUACAGGAGCGCAUCCUGAUCCCCCACGCUGCGUCCUGUACCUGUGCAGCCUGCUGUGAUGACCUGACUGCAUGUCCAAAGGACGGAGACACUCUGGCUGCAGAAAACAUCACAAUGACUGGUCCAGUGCGCCUCUUUGUCCCGUACAAGAGACGGAAGAAGGACACAGACCCUCCAAUCAUCCCGGCCAAAAAGGAACUUCCUGUCACCAAAAGCAUCACACUGACCCCUGGAACCACAUUCACCGUGUCCCCAUCAGGACAGUUCUCCACCCCCGGCACUUUGACCUUUGACCGGAGCCCAACAGCGGACACCGCCGCCGCUGCCAUCAUCUCUGACAGCUCGGCACAGGCUCGGCUCGACAGUAGUGAAGUGUUUGCCAGCACUGCAGUGCUGACGGCUUUGCCAGAGUUGGCUGUGACUCCUCAACCUGUUCAGGCCAAGAUGGCAGUGACGGCAGAGGCGGAGGCGGAGACAGAGGCAGAGGCGGCGUCUCCUUCAGCGGGGCUGGAGAGCGGGCUGGAGGUGGGGCCUGUGGGCGGGGUGGAGUCAGUGGUGAGCGAGAGCCCAAAGAGCACGUGGUUCUACCUGGAGGAGAUGGCUAACACACUGCUGAGCAACGUCCAGCAGCUGAGGAGCCUGAUCGAACAGGCCAAGAACCCUGCGGGAGACGCGGUGGGGUUCAAAGGGCAGGGAGGACGGAAGGAGUGUGGUUUCAGUCCGUCGUUUCAGGGCCAGAUUUCUUUCCAGCAGCCAGACAUCGCAGAUGCCAAGAGGACCGCUGACAUCACAGAGAUCAUCAUCAAUCAGAUGUGCGUGAACUGUGGUCGGGUGGCCAUGAGCGAGUGUACGGGCUGUCACAAAGUCAACUACUGCUCCACCUUCUGCCAGAGGAAGGACUGGAAGGAUCAUCAGCACACGUGCUGUCAGUCAGCAGGGGGCAUGACCAUGCAGGAGGAGGAGCCAAUCACAACUAUUGAUAUGGACAAAGUGAAAUGAUGACGUCAUCAGACAGGAAGGAAUUUGGAUGUCGAUGAUCUCCUCAGAGACGUUUUCUCUUUCGACACAGUUUGAUGUAGGAGGAGCUGCAGCUCAUCUCUAAACGUCACUCACUGAACUCUAUGUGACAAAAAAAGAUAUUUUAUAUUUUUAUUCCUUAUGUUGUCGUCGGUGGUUCUUAUCUCGCUGUUAAAACCGUAUUUUGCUGCCAUGUUGAAGCUGCGUUUGACAGGAUCGUGAGAAAAACAGUUGAUGGCUGAGUGUUUUUUUGGAUCGUUGCUCCUUUUGUGUGACGAGCUGGACGCGUGCACUUGUUUCAUGUGUGAUGAAUGACAGUGUCGCUCAACUGAUUUCGUCACAAGUUUUAUUUAAAGUUUAUUGUCCCAGUAUCUUUUAGGCUCUUUGCUGUUUUUAGGUUUCUCAGAGUCUUUCAUGAUGGGACAGAGUCAGUUAUGAGGCUGUAAACAGAGACUAGAGGAGCUGCAGAAGUGUCACUCUCAGAGUUACAUUCUGCUGAAAGGAUAUUUUGGAAAGUUCAAACCCAUUAAAAAA